UCCAACGAGCAGACAACAACACGACUUCGGGUGAGACUGCUCCCAAAGGACGUCGGAAUGGCAGAGCUACACGCAAAGUGUUUUAAAUAUUGUCUUAUUGCUCUCAACUUAGUCUUCUCACUCCUGGGCCUCAUCAUCUUGAUGCUGGGAUUCUGGUUCCGCUUCGAUCACAGGACGAGGAGCCUUUUUGAGAUUGACGAGAAUGCUGAACGGUUCAGUAUCGGUAUCUACAUGAUGUGGGCAGCGGGAAGCUUGCUGCUGGUCGCUGGAUUUACUGGAUACCUGAGCGUAACUCGGGAAUACAGGUGUAUGAUCUGGAUUUACCUUGGAAUUCUGAUUCUUCUGUUUCUGAUCGAAAUGGGAGUUGCUAUCUGGGCGUUUGUGCAGAAGGAUCAGGUCAUUAAACAACUGCAGGAUGCCUACAGCAAGACUAUUUCCGGGAGAAACCAGGACGACUCUGAUUUUAAGUGCUUCAUCAACGCCCUGCAGAAAACCCUGGACUGCUGUGAUGACCAGGUGGAGCAUGCAGCGCAACGGACAUACAAAGACUGUAAAGAAGCCAUCAAGGAAACCAUCAACUCCAAACUUCACAUCUUUGCAGCGAUGGCCUUUGGCAUCGCCUUGGUUACAGCCCUGGGGAUAAUUCUCACAAUCCUCUUUCAGAGAUCUCUCAAGUCAUCCCAUGUGAUUUAAUAACCAGAACAUCAAAGGCCACCUGAAGAUAAAUGCACUUCCUUUCUACAUGCAAAUGCUUUUUUUAAAAAAAAUUCCCCUUUUGUUCCUUGUGCUUGGUUUUGGUAAUGGACUGAAGUUUUGGUGGGUUCUCUUUCUGUGGAUGGAACUGUUGGGGAUGUUGUUGUAAUGCAGCCACGGUUUAAACAUAAUGAGCACCUAGUAAGCCAGAAGACAGAGCUAGCAGGUGAAACUUAUGUAGUGCCCUUGACCGGAUGCUAAUAUUCAGCCCCCCCAUCAGGAACCCUUCCCACCUGCACUUGCAGGAAUGCCGGUGAGUCCAUGGGGAGGAGGUUGUCAUAGAGUCUUCCAGCCCAGAAACAGGCCCUUUGGCCCAUCAUGUCCAUGCUGCCCCUUGUACCAACCUACACUAAUCAAAGAACAUAGGACAUUACAACACAGUACAGGCCCUUUGGCCCCAAUGUUGUGCCGACAUUUUAUCGUGUUCUAAUAUCUAUCUAACCCUUCCCUCCCACAUAGCCCCUAUUUUUCUAUCAUCCACGUGUCUAUCUCUUAAAUGUCCCUAAUGUACCUGCCCCCACCACAUCUGCCGGCAGUGCGUUCCAUGCACCCACCACUCUCUGUGUAAAAAACUUACCACUGACAUCCCCCUUAUAUCUUCCUCCAAUCACCUUAAAUUAUGUCCCCUCGUGUUAGCCAUUGUCGCCCUGGGAAAAAGUCUCUGACUGUCCACUCAAUCAAUGCCUCUUAUCAUCCUGUACACCUCUGUCAAAUCCCAUUAGGUUUGUACUCUCCAUGUACUCUCAAUUGGAGAUUCAAGUGCUUACCCUGCUGCUAACUGUUGUGAGAGUCUCUGCCUCCUCUCAGGCAGUGUGUUCCAGACUCCAAACACUCCCCUCAGAUCUCCUCUAAACCUUCUCCCUAUUACCUGUGCCCUCCUGCUUUUGACAGCCCCCACUAUGGGCAAGAGAUUUUUACUAUCUACUCUACCUAUGCCUCUCGAUUUUAUGUUCCUCCAUCAGAUGACACCACAGCCUCCUCCGCUCCAGGGAAGACAAACUCAGCCUGUCCAGUCUCUCCUUAUAACUGAAACUCUCUGUUCCAGACAGCAUCCUGGUGAACCUCCUCUACACUCUCUCCAGUGCAACCACACCCUUCCAUGGAGCAGUGACCAGAACUGCACACAGUGCUCCAGGAGUGGUCUAACCAGUACCUUAAACAGUUGUAACACGAUGUCCCAGCUCUGGCCAAUGAAGUCAAGUAACCAAUACACCUUCUUCGCCAUCUUCAGAGAUCUAUGGACUUGUCUCCCAAGGGUCCCUCCCUAGGGCCCUGCCAUUUACUGUGCACGUCCUAUUCCUUGUUUGCCUUCUCAAAAUGCAUCACUUUGCAUUUCACAGAUUAAAUUCCUAAAGUCGUAGAGCACUAUAGCACAGAAACAAGCCUUUCCACCAAUCUAGUCCAUGCCAACCUGAUUUUCUGUCUAGUCCCAUCUACCUGCACCUGGACCAUCUCUCUCCAAACCCCUCCCGUCCAUGUACCUAUCCAAACUUCUCUUAAAUGCUACAUUUGAACCCACAUCCACCACCUCCGGUGGCAGCUCGUUCCACACUCACACCACCCUCUGAGUGAAGUAGAUCACCCU